AUGGAUCUUGAACAAGUCAUAUCAUAUGUCCAUGGCGGAAUAAUAAUAUUGCUGCUGGGAUCAACUUGUGAUAAUUUUGUGCAUGUUUUUCAUCUGAUGAUGAUUGUGUUUGGGAUAUGGGAAGCAGAGAAAGCGAUGUUGGUGAGGUUCAAUCCGAAGGCGGAUUUACAUGAAGCAGUAAAAUACGAUCUCAGAUUGAGCCGCGCCAAUAUCACUUUGUCAUUGAUGAGUCCCCCUAAUUGUUGCUUUCCAGCUCAUCCCAACUCAUCAGAUUCUCUUGUGAGAAUAUCACUUCCAACGUCGAUUAAUUUUGUCAUAACAAACAUUUCCUUCUUGGUUGGACCAAUCUUCAAUUGA